AUGGCACGAGGACACGCGCAAGGCGUGCAGAGGAAGUGCGGUGGUAAUGAAGAAGUUCCAGUAGCUGAUGCCUCUGCAAGCGCGGCUGGCUUCUACGAUGAGCACUGGGGGGAAGUGCUUGACUGUGGCCCAAGCGAGCCGUUGAUUCGGGACCCUGAGGACCUUCAAGUCACAGGCAUCCCUAUCGGCCACUUUCAGGUGCCUGUUGGCUUGGGUGACCAUCUCGACUCGACCACGUCUUUCGCACCAGUCGCUGGCUUUGAGCAUGCCUGCAACCCUGCAGAGCUUGCUCAGCACUUUGUACCCCUUUCUCGCCUCCAACAAUCGUCCGAAGAUUCAGUGCUGGCCUUGUCAAAGGCGGCAUCCGACGAAGGAAAUCACAAGGAGACAAAUCAACAGUCUGAAGCGUCUGCUCGAACAUCUGCUCUUCAGCAGUCUGACGACGCGAUCAGACAAAGGAAGAGGCGAUCCGAUCAACAUCGCGAGUGGAAGCCGUCUCGUACCAGCCGUCUUCAAUCCGAUGAGCAACUGGUUUCUACAACCGUUGAACGCUCGACGUUGGCUACAACUUCCAUCGACACUUGCCCGACCUAUUCCUUCCGUAUUGGCGAUUUAGAUGCAGUCAUUGACUUUUUCAAGCAGCGCUUCCAGGAGCUCACAACAAAACCCUUGAAAGCCUUAGUUCCUAUAUGGUUGAAGCUGGCAGAGCCUAAUCGAAAGCAACACUACGGCAACGGCAAAUACACUUACAAAACCCCCGGUGAAGAUCUCUCGUCGACAUGCUACCCACCAUGGUGGCCAGCAGACAUCCCUUACAAGGAGCCGGCUCAUCUCAAAGGUCCAAAGCUUAUACGUAUCGCAAUCCACAUCCUGCUGCUACACCGCUAUCCAGACGCCGACGGAAAGCGACGAGUCAAUUGGAUAUAUAAAUUGAAAGCGAAGACCGACCUCUGGAUACAGUGUGCCGAGUCUGAUUGUUUCGCUUCCAGCAAGGAUCCCGCCUACAGGGACUCUAUGAAACAGAGAGCUACCCAGGAGAUCUUUCCAGAAAUUCUUGACGUUGCGCAGUCGUACGAGGAUCACCUCGCGCAACUUGAGGAACGAGGCACGGUUGCUUCCCGAGAAUCCAAUGCUAUGCUUGGAAAAGUGCACACAUGGCGGCCUGCUACAAAGACGAUCAAAAAGACUCGCCGGUCACGAUCCGAACACUCCGAAUCUCGUACUAAGCGCCGCCGCUGCGACGACGCCCAGCCUGAGCCGUUACAGGAAGAGGGCAGUGCUUCUAACAAGAGGAGAGUUAAGAGCCCUUCAGCAGAUGUUACGCGCGAGAAUACUCCUUGCAACGAUCGGAAUCUCGAACACUUCAACCGUGCCGACCUUUCUCCAAUAGUCUCGCCGAGCGGUUUAAAUGCAGCUUCUCCUCCACGCGCGGUCAGGACGUUGGUGCCUCCAUCCAACUUUAUCCCCGCUGCCGUUGCCGGACCAAACGGUCAACCUACGUCCCAUCAUGUCUUCCCAUCUAAUGGAUUCUGCGCAAACUGCAGAUGCCCUCACUGCUGCACACCACCGACGUUCAACCCGAUCCAUGGUCUACCGAAUACCGCUUUCUAUCCCUCUUACACCGCCGGACCAGCGCAUGGCCAUUUCAUGAACACUGCUGUUCCGGACUACACAUUCUUUGCAACCUCGAUGGAGGAGAAGCCACAAUGGUCUUCGUUCAGUUCCUCGGAUACCGUAUUAGACGAUACUCAGGGACCGGUCGACUUCGUUGGCUACAAUCCUCUUCAGGCGGACAUCAAUGGUCUGACUCGUCAAAACAUCCCACAGUUCCCGAUUCCUCCUCAACAAUUUCCUCAUGGGUCACCUAUGCGAUUCUGA